AGCCCAUGUGUAAGGCCCAAAAGAGGCAAUGCUAAUAGGCCAAUACCCAAUACUUAAAUCUGCAAACGUAGUAAAAUUCUAAAAAAACAGAAAUCUUGUCCAUUGUUCUAGGUUCUAAAACCCUACAAAAAUCUUGCCGUUUAAAUCCCAAAGCCCUGCAAAUCGUGUCUCCCAUCGGAACAAAGCUCCCGUACGGCGACAUGGAACCGGAGCUGGUAAUUGCCUCUUCUUCAGUCGACGCCGGCAUCGGCUGUUGGGACCUCGAAACGGGAGUUAAGCAGCCGCUCCACUACAAAUCCUGCGCCUCCACCCGCCACGGCCUUUCCGCCGUCGGCAGCCGCUUCCUCGCAUCUUCUCAGCUCCGAGACCCUAAAGUCAAAAAUGGGUUCAUUCACUACUGGUCUUGGUCCAAGCCGGGAGUGGAGGUGAAGAGCUUUCUGGCGGAGCCCAUAAAGCCCAUAGCUGCUAAUCCUGAAGGGACUUACAUUGUUGGUGGAGGGAUUUCCGGAAAAAUCUAUCUUUGGGAGACUGCUACUGGUAGAUUGUUGCUUGAGAGAUGGGAGGCGCAUCUCAGGCCGAUUACUUGCCUGGUAUUCAAUGACGACGGUUCACUUCUGGUUUCUGGGUCGGAGGAUGGCAUUGUUAAAGUGUGGCCACUUUUGAAGGUGUUAGAUGAUAGAGAAACAGACAAACCAAGUCAUCGCUACUUGUAUAACUUUUCAGACCACACUAUGCCAAUAACUGACUUGGUUAUAGGUUAUGGAGGAUGGAAUGCAGUUAUUGUUUCAGCCUCCGAGGACCGAACUUGUAAGGUAUGGAGCUUAUCUAAGGGUGAAUUGUUGAGAAGUGUUGCGUUUCCAUGUAUAAUCAAUGCAUUAGUCUUGGAUCCUGCGGAAACCGUCUUCUAUGCUGGUGGUAAAGAUGGGAAGAUAUAUAUUGUUGCCCUUAGUGCCAGUAGCUCAUCCAGCAAAAGUCCUUGGUUGCACAUCAUUGGUUCGUUGUCUAGUGGAAGCGACGCUGUGACUUCAUUAGCAUACAGUACCAGUAAGAACUGGUUGCUUGCUGGAUCAGAGGAUGGGUCAAUUCGAGUCUGGGAUCCCAAGAACAUGAACCUCAUUCGUGGAUUCCAUCAUGAAAAAGGUAUUUUGUGCCUAUUUCCUGAUCUGUCAUCUCAAUUUUUUCCCGAGACAGGUCCUGUGAACAAUCUGCAGGUCACAAGGCGGCGAAAGUCUUCACUACCACCUCCACUGCAGAAAUUCCAAGCGUCGAAAGAUGACAAGUCAUUAACAGAUGCUGUAAUUGCGCUGCCGCAUACUAACAGUAAUCGUCUUAAGGCUGCAUAUGUAACCUCUCCUCUGAUCGACAACCAACUCAUAGAACUUCAGCAAAAGGGUUCUUCAGCUGCGGCCGAAAUGGGAGUGGCAAAGGUGAAGCAUGAUCUUGCAGAGUCUAGACAAAUGGUGAAGAGAUUGAAGACAACCUACGAGAGUCUGCAUAAAUUCUGCAUGGACGAGAUAUUGGAGGGUGAUGGCCCCCCGAAAGGGUAGUGUUGAUCAAGCUUUUAAGUAGUGAGCUCAAAAGUAAUCAUUUUGUGGAUGCUUGAGCUUGAGAGUUUCUGUAACUUUUAGUUUCGUUCAUUUCGUUUGUUUUCACUAUUUAUUCACACAUCAAAACCAUUUUGGAGCCAUGAGCUAAAUUCAAUUACAGUUGAUCAGUUAUACAGGUAAAAGAUGCUUGUUUUGCAACUACUUCCCGCAUGUCUGUACUGUGCUACGUUUUGUACUAAAUCUAGUCUAU